AUGGACUUUCUCAAGUCAGCCGUCGCUUCUGCUAUCGCCAAAUCCAGCUCCUUUCCAGUGACCAUCGGAGACAGAAUUGAUAUUGGAGACUCCAUCUGGUCUCUGCACAAUGGCGUGAAGAAGGACGACAAUACAGCGUGUUGCCUGUUCAACUUCGACAUCAACUCAAACAAGUCGCGAUUACCCUUGGCCAAAAAUGCGGCGCGGAAAUUGCGAACACUUCGCCAUCCCGGCGUGAUUCGAGUAAUCGACGUGAUUGAGAACGAGACGAACAUCUACAUCAUCACCGAAAAAGUCAUUCCUUUGAGUUGGCACAUCAAGCGCAAGAGCCUAAGUGAAGAGACCGUCAAAUGGGGUCUCUACAGUGUUUCCUCGACAUUGAAAUUCAUCAACCAUGAUGCCUCCUCCGUACACGGUGCUGUCCGUGUCUCAUCAAUAUUUACAAGUGAGAGUGGAGAAUGGAAGCUCGGAGGAUUCGAAGUCCUAAGUUCGAUGAAUGAAGAUGAUGCCAUAAUCUACACUUAUGAAAGUCUGCUACCAGAUUCCAAUCGAUAUGCACCUCCGGAAGUCGUCAACGGUGGCUGGUCUUCCAUCAAAAAGAAUCCUUUGGGCGCGCCGGACGCGUAUGGUUUGGGGACACUUGUGUUUGAAGCAUUUAAUGGGGGCUUUGUGAGCAGCAACCAGUUAACACAGCCUGGCAGUAUACCCGCAAACAUGGUUCAGAGCUACCGAAGAUUAGUCAAUGCCAACCCGAAUUUGAGGCUGAGCCCAAGUCAUUUUGUCGAUCAAGGCAAAAAAACGGGAGGAUUUUUCGAGACUCCCCUUAUUCACAUUACCGAAGGAGCCGAAAGUCUGGGUUUGAAGAAUGAGCAGGAGAGGAACGAAUUUCUAGGAGAGCUCGACAGCCUUACGGACGACUUUCCCGAAGAUUUCUUCAAAAUGAAAAUUUUACCUGAACUACUCAAAUCUGUCGAAUUUGGUGGAGGGGGGCCCAGUGUCUUCGGAGCCAUCAUGAAAAUAGGAUUGAAGAUGUCCGACGAUGAAUUCGAAUCUCGACUGGGACCUGUUAUUCUCCGUCUUUUUGCCAGCCCCGACCGAGCCCUGAGGGUAUGUUUACUCGACAAUCUGCCGCUGAUGGUAGAUCGAAUACCGCCAAAAGAUAUCAACGGCAAGAUUUGGCCGGCCAUGACCACCGGCUUCACUGAUACGGCUCCGGUUGUGAGAGAACAAACCGUCAAAGCUGUUCUUUCGAUCAUUCCCAAACUGUCCGACCGAGUCAUCAAUGGUGAACUCCUACGAUUUCUCGCCAAAACAGCCAAUGAUGAACAACCUGGAAUUCGCACAAAUACGACCAUCUGUCUUGGAAAGAUCGCCAGGAACCUUGGUGUUGGUUCCCGGGCCAAGGUAUUGAUCGCAGCAUUCUCCCGAUCACUCAGAGAUCCUUUUGUGCACGCUCGAAAUGCCGCGCUAAUGGCUCUCAACGCGACGAUUGACGUCUUCAGCGAUGAAGACUGUGCCACAAAGAUCUUGCCUGCCAUCUGCAUCAGUCUGGUCGACAAAGAGAAACUGGUCCGGGAUCAGGCCAACAAAGCAGUCGAUGUCUAUUUGCAGAGAGUGCGGAAAUAUGCUUCAGCCAUGCCUGAUACCGUUCUUCCACCCGAAUCUGCACCGGGAGCUACCAAUGCCGCCGUACCAGCAAGAAUAGGAAACCAAAGCGAUACAAGUUGGGCAGGUUGGGCAAUUUCCUCUUUCACAAACAAAAUGGCUGGAGCAAAAGGUGAAAUGGCUCCGUCGACUGUCGCUAACGGAUCUACAUCACUACAAACGCAAUCACUACCUGCCUCGGGCCGCGCAACCCCCACAAUCAACGUGGUUCCUGAGAAAUCACCCAUUGGAUUAUCAAGACCGGCCACUUCAAACACGGUAAGGAGUUCGACCUCACAGCCGGAAGAUGCCCUCGAAGAAGACAAUUUAGAUGCGUGGGGAACAAUGGAUGAUGAUGGAGACAAUUUUUUCGACGCUUCAUCUAGUCAACCAACUAACAACACUGCAUCCUCUGCGACUCCUUUUGAUGACAUUGGUGAACCUGAUUUUGCCGGUUGGCUAGCCGCCCAGUCCAAGGCAAAGAGCCAAAAACAACUACCCAAGGGCUUAAGCAAGACCAAUACUACUGGAAGCACUUUGAACAUCAGACCAGCAGGCCCGGCAAGAAGUGUAUCUGCUGGAACCGGCACCAGUGAUAAUGUCAAGAAGCCAACAAUUGCUGGUGCAAGAACGUCCACCACAACUGCAAAGAAAGAAGUCAAGAAAGAAGUGCCGAAGCCCAAAGAACCAGACAUGAACGAAGAUGACUGGGGAGAUGCUUGGGACUGA